AUGCUAUCGACGGUGCCCGUAGACGACGCCAUACGCACGGUGAGCGUGGAAAUGUCAAAGGAAAAAGGCCAUUCUUUCAUUGGAAAAACCGAAGCAGAGAUGGAAGUUUUAGCGCAUUAUGCUGAAAAAGGGCGCCGUCGUGCCGCUAUGGGGGCAAUUGUGGGGUCUUCAAUAAUGGGCGGAUUAUGGAAAAUUUCUAAAAAUCAGAAAAAACUGGCGGGAGCAUUUGCAAUACUGUCUGGAGGUCUCUUUGGAGCUUCAUAUGGCAUUAUUAGUAUUCGUCGAAAUUUAUUUUCCGAUCUCUUGAUGUUGCCAUCCGAAAAGUCACCUUUUGCCGCUCGUGCCAGGACCAUUUUGAUGACCAAGAUUCCAGAGAAUUCAUUUGUGCAGGAGUUGAAUGAGAAAUUCAAUAGCUCGAUGGCUGCUACUGACUCGUGGAAUGAAGACACUGAGGCAUUGGGAAAUUUUGGUUCGAAGCAGCCGUCAAUGAGUCUCCCCUCGGUGCCACGCCGUUUUGACAACGGAAUAUCAAGCAGAACCCCACCAAUCAUUGGUUUGGAUACGCCACGGCACGAGAAAGAGGCUAGGGAUGAAGCUUUUGGAAAGCCAAAUAACAACGGAAGUCGCUCGCCGUUUGUCUUUGGUGCAAAGCCUUUGACGGAUGAUACUUCGGACACUAAAGACAGCAACACUCCACUCUCCCGUGCCCCAUUUCCGCAGUCUAGACAGGAGUCUCACCAAUCAAAACCUGAUGAGGAUUCUACAUCACUGCGCCAUGACGAAGACGACUAUUUCUUUGAUGAUGUUGGUGAUGCAGAACCUUCAGUCAAACCUACUACUUGGGAAGAGAUCCGACGUCGUGCUGCAGAGCGGUGUAAGUAG